CGUCUCCGGAGCCGAAGUGACAGGCGGCUCUAUAGCUGGCCGCUCCGCGCAACGGCUACAGGGGCACCGAGCAGGGAGAGAGACACAACCAGAGAGAGAGAGAGAGAGAGAGACAGCCCAAUUCAAUUUACGCAGCAGUGACAAAAAAAUAAAACAACAAUCCGCAUUUGUGACCACGUAGGGUUAAUAUUGCAGCGAAAUCCACAGACCCUGAAAUACACAUUUCGAGUAGUUAUUUAAGAUUAUUCCGCCGGUUCAUCGAUUUUAUUGACGCCGAAGGAAAGUGACAUCGAUUCUGUGAGCGUCCGUCGCUCGACUGGAUCUCUUCAUGGAAGACGGCUGAGAGGGAGAGAGGUCGGACCGAGACUCGGAAACCCCUCCGAAAUGAGAAGUGUGGAGGAUUCGUCAUUGCUGCGGAUUUAAAUGCCUCUCUCCAAGAGGGCACGGAGGACCGCUUAUUUCGGACAAGUUCACGCGUGUUGUCGUGUGUGCUGUACGCCGUAGACCCCAGUUUACGAUUCAUAUGUUACCCUGCUGAAAUACACACGGACUCAAAUCCGUUGGGCAAGAAGAAUCGAAGGUGAAGAGGGGGAAUUUUUUUUAAUUAUUUUUUUCCCCUAAGCAACAUGGCUGGCGAGUGGGGCUGGGGACGGUGGCACGGACUCUCCAAGGCGCCUCGAUGCUAGCCGAAGCAGGUGGUCCCGUCCCCCGUGGAAGCGGCAGCUCUAUGAGGACAAACAGUAUUAACUCUAAUAAUAUACACAAGGACUCCUCGAUCUUCAUGUCUAAGAUGGAAGACGUGGUCAUCCCGUUCUCCUCCGAAGUCCCCUGCGACAAUAAUGGACAGCGCAUGUGGUGGGCAUUCCUCGCCUCCUCCAUGGUGACGUUUUUCGGGGGUCUCUUCAUAAUUCUGCUGUGGAGGACACUUAAGUAUCUGUACACGGUGUGCUGCCACUGCAACAUCAAACCCAAGGAGGUCCAGAAGCUGACCAACCCCGUGGUUAUUCAGGCAGACGGGACGAUCAAGGCAGAUGAGAAGGAGGAAGUGCCCAUGAGCGAGGUGGGGUGGAUGACCUCAGUCAAGGACUGGGCGGGAGUCAUGAUAUCUGCCCAGACGCUCACCGGCCGAGUGCUAGUUGUGUUGGUGUUUGCACUCAGCAUCGGUGCCCUUGGCAUAUACUUCAUAGAUUCUUCAGACCCUAUAGAGUCCUGUCAGAACUUCUACAAAGACUUCACGUUACAGAUCGACAUGGCCUUCAACGUCUUCUUCCUCCUGUACUUUGGUUUGCGGUUCAUCGCGGCCAACGAUAAGCUGUGGUUCUGGUUGGAGGUCAACUCUGUGGUGGACUUCUUCACCGUGCCCCCUGUGUUUGUCUCCGUAUACCUGAACAGAAGCUGGCUUGGUUUAAGAUUCCUGAGGGCGCUGAGGUUGAUACAGUUCUCCGAGAUUUUACAGUUUCUGAAUAUAUUGAAAACAAGCAAUUCCAUCAAGCUAGUGAACCUGUGCUCCAUCUUCAUCAGCACAUGGCUAACAGCCGCUGGAUUCAUACAUCUGGUGGAAAACUCAGGGGAUCCAUGGGAAGACUUCAAGAACUCCCAGUCUCUCUCGUACUGGGAGUGUGUGUACCUGCUGAUGGUCACCAUGUCCACAGUGGGCUACGGAGAUGUCUAUGCAAAGACCACGUUGGGACGGCUGUUCAUGGUGUUUUUCAUCCUCGGCGGUCUGGCCAUGUUUGCCAGCUACGUCCCUGAAAUCAUAGAGUUAAUAGGAAACCGCAAGAAAUAUGGCGGUUCCUAUAGUGCUGUUAAUGGAAGAAAGCAUAUUGUGGUCUGUGGUCAUAUUACUCUCGAAAGUGUCUCCAACUUCCUCAAAGACUUCCUACACAAGGACAGGGAUGAUGUCAAUGUAGAAAUUGUUUUUCUCCAUAAUAUUUCCCCUAAUCUUGAGCUGGAAGCCUUGUUCAAACGCCACUUUACCCAAGUGGAGUUCUACCAGGGAUCUGUUCUCAACCCUCAUGAUCUAGCAAGAGUGAAGAUCGAGUCUGCAGAUGCCUGCUUAAUUCUAGCCAAUAAAUACUGUGCAGAUCCAGAUGCAGAGGAUGCAUCGAACAUAAUGAGGGUCAUUUCGAUCAAGAACUAUCAUCCCAGAAUCAGAAUAAUCACACAAAUGUUGCAAUACCAUAACAAGGCCCAUCUGUUGAACAUCCCCAGUUGGAACUGGAGAGAGGGUGAUGAUGCCAUAUGUCUGGCUGAGCUGAAGGCAGGCUUCAUAGCCCAGAGUUGUCUGGCCCAAGGCCUGUCUACCAUGCUAGCCAACCUCUUCUCUAUGAGGUCCUUCAUCGAGAUUGAAGAAGACACAUGGCAGAAGUAUUACCUGGAAGGAGUCGCCAAUGAGAUGUACACCGAGUAUCUGUCCAAUGCCUUCGUGGGCUUGUCCUUCCCUACAGUCUGUGAACUUUGUUAUGUGAAGCUGAAGCUGUUGCUAAUUGCCAUCGAAUACAAGUCGGAGCAGAGAGAGAGCAGAAGCCGAAAGCGCAUCCUCAUCAACCCAGGAAACCACGUCAAACUACAGGAAGGAACUCUGGGGUUCUUUAUUGCUAGCGAUGCCAAAGAAGUAAAGAGGGCAUUUUUCUACUGCAAAGCUUGCCAUGACGACAUCACUGACGCUAAACGAAUCAAAAAAUGUGGCUGCAAACGACUUGAGGACGAGCACCCGUCAACUCUCUCGCCCAAAAAAAAGCAGCGCAACGGAGGCAUGCGCAACUCCCCCAACUGCUCUCCCAAGAUGAUGAGCAGACACGACCCGCUGCUCAUCCCCGGGAACGAGCAGAUCGAGAACAUGGACAUGAGCGUGAAGAAGUACGACUCCACGGGCAUGUUCCACUGGUGCCCCUCCAAGGAGAUCGAGAAGGUCAUCCUGACCCGGAGCGAGGCGUCGAUGACGGUCCUGAGCGGUCAUGUAGUGGUCUGUAUAUUUGGAGAUGUCACGUCCGCUUUGGUGGGGCUGCGAAACCUGGUGAUGCCUCUGAGAGCCAGCAACUUUCACUAUCACGAGCUCAAGCCCAUCGUGUUUGUGGGCUCACUGGACUACCUGCGCAGGGAGUGGGAGACCUUACACAACUUCCCCAAGGUCUCCAUAUUGCCCGGUACUCCACUGAGCCGGGCUGAUUUACGAGCUGUCAACAUCAACCUCUGCGACAUGUGUGUCAUACUGUCGGCCAAUCAGAACAACAUUGACGACGUCUCGCUGCAGGACAAAGAGUGCAUCCUGGCGUCGCUCAACAUAAAGUCUAUGCAGUUUGAUGACAGUAUCGGGGUCUUGCAGGCAAAUUCCCAGGGUUUCACGCCUCCCGGAAUGGACCGGUUAUCUCCAGACAGCAGUCCAGUACAUGGCCUCGUCCGCCAGGCCUCCGUCACCACCGGAGCCAACAUCCCCAUCAUCACAGAGCUAGUGAACGACUCCAACGUUCAGUUCCUGGACCAAGACGACGACGACGACCCCGACACGGAGCUGUACCUCACGCAGCCCUUCGCCUGCGGCACCGCCUUCGCCGUCAGCGUGCUCGACUCCCUCAUGAGCGCAACGUACUUCAACGACAACAUCCUGACGUUGAUCCGUACCCUGGUGACGGGCGGGGCCACCCCUGAGCUGGAGGCCCUGCUGGCGGAGGAGAACGCCCUACAGGGGGGCUACAGCACCCCGCAGACUCUGGCCAACCGCGACCGCUGUCGCGUGGCCCAGCUGGCCCUCUACGACGGGCCCUUCGCCGACCUGGGGGAUGGCGGUUGCUACGGUGACCUGUUCUGUAAAGCGUUGAAGACGUACAACAUGCUGUGCUUUGGGAUCUACAGAUUAAGGGACGCUCAUAUGACUUCACCAAGCGGUUGCACGAAACGGUACGUGAUCACCAACCCGCCGUACGACUUUGAGCUGGUGCCCACCGACCUGAUCUUCUGCCUCAUGCAGUUCGACCACAAUGCGGGCCAGUCCCGGGCCAGCCUCUCCCACUCCUCCCAUUCCUCCCAUUCUUCCAGCAAAAAGAGCUCUUCCGUCCACUCCGUCCCCAACCCCAGCAGUCGACAGAACCGGAGCAGCAAGAGUCGGGAGGCGCGGGACAAACAGAAUGCAACAAGGAUGAGUAGAAUGGGCCAAGAAAAGAAAUGGUUUACAGAUGAACCAGAGAACGCCUACCAACGGAACAUUCAGAUAAAGCCCAUGAACACCCACAUGGCUAACCAAGUCAACCAAUACAAAUCCACUAGUAGUCUGAUUCCACCAAUCAGAGAAGUUGAAGACGAAUGCUGAAGCACACCAGGUUCUUUGAAGACUUGGGGAGAAAAAAAUCCAGAGAAUCUUUUUCCGAGAUUGCAGGAGACGAACUGACGAAUGAAGGAAUGAUAGGACGAAGGUGACAGUGACGACGAUGAUGACGAUGAUGAUGAUGUUGUUUGCGAUGGAUGACAUGCCUCCUUACUCACCUUCCAGAAGUAGAUUUUGGAAGAGGAACACACACACCUCGAAGGGACCUUCUUUGUGUAUUACCUUUAAUGUAACUUUUCACGCUCUCUGACAUUUGUUUUUAUUUAUUAAUGUGUUCAUAGACAUGUACAUAUCGACAAUCAGAAAGAAGGAUUGUACAGCCCCUCCACCCCCCCUAGCACUUUUUUUGGAAUAAUUUUGAGGAGAGAGAAGAA